AAGCUGCAGCGCUCGAUAAUGACGGUGCGGUGCAGUUCGAGCUGCCCUCCUAAAAAACUAUCGUCUCUCAUCUUCUCCUCUGCGUCUUGUCGUCGUUCAUCCGUCCGUUCGGAUCUACGAUCAUCUACCCCUUUAUAUCCUUCCCUCUCCUCUUUUAGUAUUCUCAAAAAGUCCAAAAAAAGAAAAGUUUCCAGAAAAAUAUCCAAUAGGGAGAGAGAGAGAAGAGAGAAGAGAGUAUAGUCCCAGUUUUAUCAGCUCUGUUCGAUUUCAAUCAAUUCGAGAGUCUUGAAGGUAUUUCGGUAUUUCAUCGAGUUUUGGGUGAGGCUGUCUCUUUAAUUUCAUUUGUUUCAGCUUAUAAGCGCAGAUAGUGUUCUCUUUUUUAAUUUCCUCUAGGGUUCAUUUCCAAUAAUAAGGGGAGAGGGAGGAACAAAGAAAAAAUUAAAAAAGAGGGAAGCAGGAGAGAGGGAGAGAGAGGAAGAAAGAGAGACACUUUGGAGAUUCGAGAUCGGUAGGGUUUUCGAUGGCGCAGGUUCAAGUCCAACCACAACCUCCUCUCUCUGGUCCUAAUGGAGCGACCAACCCCGGCGGCAAUCAGUUCGUCUCCACGUCUCUUUAUGUGGGAGACCUUGAACUCAAUGUAACGGACUCGCAGCUUUACGAUCUGUUCAGCCAACUCGGCCAGGUCGUGUCCGUUCGCGUUUGCAGGGAUUUGAGCACCCGACGGUCCCUUGGUUAUGCCUAUGUUAACUACAGUAACACCCAAGAUGCUGCAAGGGCAUUGGAUGUACUCAACUUCACUCCUCUCAAUGGCAAGCCUAUCCGCAUUAUGUAUUCACAUCGUGACCCUAGCAUCCGUAAAAGUGGCACUGCUAAUAUUUUUAUCAAGAAUCUUGACAAGGCAAUUGACAACAAGGGUCUGCAUGAAACCUUUUCUUCAUUUGGAAACAUUCUGUCUUGCAAGAUUGCUACUGAUCCUUCUGGUCAGUCAAAAGGGUAUGGAUUUGUUCAAUUUGAUAACGAGGAGUCAGCCCAAAAUGCCAUAGACAAGCUCAAUGGCAUGCUGAUAAAUGAUAAACAGGUUUAUGUUGGACCAUUUCUUCGUAAGCAGGAGAGGGAAUCUGCUAUAAACAAGGCAAAGUUCAAUAACGUUUUUGUAAAAAAUCUUUCGGAGUCGACUACUGAUGAAGAUCUAAAGAACAUUUUUGGUGAAUAUGGAGCAAUUACUAGUGCAGUAGUGAUGAGGGAUGGGGAUGGAAAAUCCAAGUGUUUCGGAUUUGUCAACUUUGAGAAUGCGGAUGAUGCUGCUCAAUCUGUUGAUGCACUUAAUGGAAAGAAGUUCGAUGAUAAAGAGUGGUAUGUAGGGAAAGCACAGAAAAAAUCUGAAAGAGAGCAGGAACUAAAAGGACGAUUUGAGCAGAGUGCAAAGGAGGCGGUUGAUAAAUAUCAAGGUGUAAACUUGUAUGUGAAGAACUUAGAUGAUAGCAUUGGAGAUGAUAAACUGAAGGAAUUAUUCUCAGAGUUUGGUACUAUUACUUCAUGCAAGGUCAUGCGGGACCCUAAUGGAAUAAGCAGAGGUUCAGGAUUUGUUGCUUUCUCAGCUCCAGAAGAAGCAUCUCGAGCUCUUGCUGAGAUGAAUGGGAAAAUGAUUGUCAGUAAACCUCUAUAUGUUGCACUGGCACAACGGAAAGAAGAUAGAAGAGCAAGGCUGCAGGCACAAUUUUCACAAAUGCGACCUGUUGCAAUGUCACCCUCUGUCGCUCCUCGUGUGCCAAUGUAUCCCCCUGGUGGCCCAGGUCUUGGACAGCAAAUAUUUUAUGGGCAAGGGCCACCACUCAUUCCUCCACAGCCUGGAUUUGGGUAUCAGCAGCAACUCGUUCCUGGGAUGAGGCCUGGGGGGGCUCCCCUGCCAAAUUUCUUUGUGCCACUUGUUCAGCAAGGCCAGCCAGGGCAACGUCCAGGUGGCAGACGGGCUGGUGCAGGACCUGUACAACAAAACCAGCAGCCUGUGCCGCUGAUUCAGCCGCAGAUGCUUCCAAGGGGACGUGUAUACCGAUAUCCACCUGGUCGUAACAUUCCUGAUGUUCCCAUGCCGGGAGUUGCUGGUAGCAUGCUCUCUGUUCCAUAUGAUAUGGGUGGCAUGCCAUUACGUGAUGCUGCUGCGAUUACACAGCCUAUUCCCAUUGGGGCUUUGGCUUCUGCCCUAGCAAAUGCAACACCUGAGCAACAGAGGACGAUGCUCGGUGAAAGCCUUUACCCUCUAGUGGAUCAGCUGGAGCACGAAAUGGCAGCAAAGGUGACAGGUAUGCUUCUGGAGAUGGAUCAAACCGAAGUUUUGCAUUUGCUUGAGUCUCCAGAAGCCUUGAAAGCCAAGGUUGCAGAAGCAAUGGAAGUUCUGAGGAAUGUUGCUCAGCAGCAGCAGCAGCAGUCCGUUAGUCCAACUGACCAACUGGCAUCUCUCUCUCUGAAUGAUAACCUUGUCUCCUGAAUGCUUAAUUAGUUUAGUGGGUAUGGUUUUGCAUACAUGAGCAUCGUACUACUAUUUGGGAGUUACGGGAUUUUGAAUAAACAGUUUUAGGGGUCUAAAGGGAUAGGUUUUCCUUUACAGGGGAUUAUAAACGGAUUUUGGUUUUGUCGAAGUGCUAUUAUUGUAGGGAUGAUUUAGGAUCUUGAAACUGCUGAUUUUUAAUGUUUGGCUUUUACUUAAAGUUUCAUUUGUGUUCCAUCUCA